AUGGCUAGCCUGGGGCAGGGUUGGAGGGUGGGGUGGUGGCUGAGUAACUGCUUGUGGCAGUUAGCGCCCUUGUCACCUUGGGUCCAUUCCAUGCUGAGGUCCCAGGGGUGAAGCCUCAGUCCUUUAAUGGCCAGCAUGGCCGAAAAAAACAUGAAGCUGUUUUUGGGAGCAGGGGCGAUGCCAGCUCAGGGGGAGGAAAUCUUCGAAAAGUGGCUGAUCCAGGUCAAUGGGGUCCUGCCAGAUUGGGAUAUGUCUGAAGAAGAGAAGCUCAAGUGCAUGACAAAAACUCUUAGGAGCCGGGAGGUGAUGCAACAUCUCCAGGCAGCCAAUCCCAACUUCGGGGUGGCCAAUUUCUUCUGGGCCAUGAAAUUGGUGUUUGGGGAAUCUGAAAGCAGUACGACAGCCUGUGGCAAAUUUUUUAACACCCUGCAGGUGCAGGGGGAGAAAACUUCGCUUUACAUGAUCUGUUUAGAGGUGCAGCUACCGAAUGCCAAUUAGGCAAGCAUCCUAGCUCCGAAAGAAGCUAACCAGAUGCACCUGUACUAGCUCCUUUCAGGGGCUGAGCUGAACAGGGACCUGUGACUCUGGCUUAAGCAUCUCCUCAGGAUUUAUGCAAAUGAUCAGGAGCAGCUUCCCAAUUUCCUGGAGUUAAUCCAUAUUAGGGAGAAAGAGGAGUGGGCUGACACACCAAAGCAGCCCAGAAAAUCUGAGCCAGUAAUGGAGAGGGCAUCCAGCCCUGGGGCAUUUCAGGGCCCCCAGUCAAUAGUGAGUGGCAGUGUUAACUACUGCAGUGUGACAGAGAUAGAGGAUAGCCUCAAUGAUGACUUAGAUGAAGGCUUAUUCCUAGUGGAACCUAGGGACUCUCCAUUUUAA